AUGAGUAAAAAACAUAAUACACGUUCUCAAAAAAGAGAUAAUGCUCAAAUUACCCCUGAUGACUUAGAACCCUUAAACAAUAAUAAUAGCAAUAAUCGACAUGAAAAAAGUGAAGAAGAACCUUUAAGCAUAUUAUCAUAUGAUUCUAUAUCUUUGCAUUCACCAUCUUAUUGCUCAUCUAAAGAACAAAUUGAAAUGGUAAAUAAGUUGCAUCAAAAUAAAAAUUAUAAACAAACUAUGCUUAAUCGAUCUUUAGAAGUUCAAAAUAUUAAAAUUUUAGUAAACAAUACUGACUUAUCAGAUAAUACGAAUACAACUGCUAGCUGGGUUUGGGAACAUAUGAAAAAAAAUAAAUUAAAACAAGAAAUAACUUGUGAUGCAAUUACACUUAAUUUAGAUGGGAUUGAAAAAAAAUGUGGUAGACUUUUUAGUAUUAAAACUUCAACUACACAUCUUGGUGAACAUCUUAAUUCAAUCCAUCGAAUUUUUUCUAGCCAGCAGUAUAAAAAAAAUUCAAAUGAACAGACUAUAAUAGAAUCAGAUAAAUCAAUUUCAACUAUUCUUUCAUUAUUUUCAAAAAUGGAUAAUCACAAACCAGCUAAGCAACAAAGAAUAUUAUCUCGCUUGGUUUUAUGGAUGGUUGAAGAUUGUCAAGCUUUAAAAAAUUCUGAAUGGUCACUACUUGGAGAUGAAAAUUCCGAAUUAGAAUCUGAUGAUUCAUCAGAAUUAUCAACACAAUCUGAACAAUUAAAAAAAAAUUCACACUUAUCUAUUGUUGAACUCAUUCAUGCUGUAAAACACCUUGCAAAAUCUUUAAGCUGUCAUCCUGAAUCACAACAAAAAAAAGAUGGACAAAGUUUAAAUAAAAGGUUACUUUUAGAAGAAGAAUGGAAAUAUCCGACUCUUGGAAUGAUGCUUCCUACUAUCUCACUUUUACUUUCACAUUUACAUCAAAUAAAUGAAUCUAUAAAUUCAUUUAAAAUUAAGGAUGUUUGUGAAAAAAUUGAAGAUUCUAUAACUAAACAUUGGAAGUUUCCUUUGAUUGAAGCAUAUAUUGCUUCUUAUUUAGAUCCACG